GGUCACACAUGUGGAGACAAUGUGCGCCAUACCAACGUGAAAGUAUCGCUUUCAGGGCCAGGAAGUCUGUCUCUUCAGUAUUUUGAAAGCCCCAUGUGGCACGUAUGGCACGUUUACACAGUGUGUGACUUCCCGUUUCGAAGUACAGUGCAUCAAGCAAAUCCCCUUUUACUAGCCCUGCAGUACACUUUGACGGCUCCACAAAGCUUCUUUAACAGCCCUCUUGACCAUUGGCUUCAAACAGACCACAUUCCAAACUGACAUCUACAGCCUCCAGAUAGCUCGGCAUGGCUAGCAUGACAUUAACUCGCGCACUUCAGCUGCUGCUCGUGGUCGGACUGCUCUGCUCAUCUACACACUCCAAGAUUCUACGCGCACAUCGACGGUGGCAUGCCGUUACAGAUAUUCACACUCACAUACGGCGUCAAGAUGUCGGCGCUGAUUUCUUUCCGGUAUUGGGCGUCCCUGGGCUCGGCCUCAACACUACAGCUCCUCGGUUAGAGAUCCGCGAACUCCAGCGUAACCCAGACUUAUUCAAUGUUUACCUACUUGGACUCCAACGCUGGCAAAACACCAGCCAAGACGACAAGUUAUCGUACUUCCAAGUUGCUGGGAUCCAUGGCCGACCGUUCUUGCCUUGGGACGGCGUGGCCGGGCGCCCGCAGCCCCCAGAAGGCUAUAAGGAGGGUUACUGUCACCACAGCAGUAAUCUCUUUCCGACAUGGCAUCGACCUUUUCUGGCUUUGGUCGAGGAACGCGUCUAUCAUCACGCUCGAGAUGUUGUUGCUGAGUUCCCCGAGGGAGAUCUGAAAGCACGUAUGACCGCUGCGUUGCCGGCACUAAGGCUUCCGUUUUGGGACGCAGCUGCUGUGCCUCCAAUUGGCACUGGAUCUUAUCCUUGGAGUGUGCAGAGAAAGACCAUUGAGGUUGAGCUUCCAGACGGAAGUGGCUCAGUGAAGGCGACAAUACUGAAUCCUCUCUACUCGUACACUUUUCAUCCACUUCCAAGCAAAGACAUCUUUGGAAAACUCCCAUGGACACAAUGGCAGACAACAAUACGCUACCCCACGAAUCGAAGCGCCAAUGCGCAAAGUCAGGAUUCCAAGAUCGCUUUUCAACUUGAUCUCAACUUAGUCAAUCUACGGCAACGAACAUACCAGAUGAUGGCUAUGCAGAAAGACUACCACAAUAUCAGUAACAACGUGGUCUCCAUCGGCGGUGUUCUUGACAGUCUUGAAUCAGUACAUGACACAAUUCAUAACACAGUAGGCAGCUCAGGACCAGGACACAUGACGAACGCCGCGUACUCAGCCUUUGAUCCAGUCUUCUGGCUGCUACACACAAACAUCGACCGAAUGACCGCCAUAUGGCAGGCACUGAACCCUGACAGCUGGGUUACGAAUCACUCCAACCCAACAGCCACUUUCACCUCGGAUGCUGAUGCAUACGCAGACGAGAACACUCCUCUACACCCUUUUCAUCGCAACCAAGCAGGUGACUUUUGGACGUCUGCAAGUGUCCGAGACCAUACCAUCUUUGGGUAUACAUAUCCAGAGCUCGUCGGUCUUUCAGAAGACGAUACGCUUGUGAGGAGGGUCAACCAACUGUACGGCGAGAACGCAACUUCGCAGUUCACAUGGAAGCUGGGCGAUCCCGUCCCUUUGGCAAAUGCAGACAACGGAUACACCCACAACGAGCGCCAGUCGAUCAGCAUGAGCAGCCCGCAGAUAGGCAAGCACCAGUACCAGUACUUCGCCAACAUCAAGGUGCAGAAGUCCGGCUCGGAGGGCGGUUACAAGAUCUUUGUCUUCGUAGGCCCUACAAGCAUAGCGACUGCUGGCUCAACAUACGAUGCGACGUUGUGGAUGCGGGACCCGAGUUUCGUGGGGUUCACUGGAUUCCAGAGCACGAACAGCCACGGUGAUGGAUAUGCUGGCGAUCCGAACGCAAAGAGCGAUGCCAAUGGAGUUGUUGCCAUGACGAAGGCACUGGAAGACCGUCUACGGACAGGAGAGUUGGCGAGUCUCGACGAAGAUGCUGUAGACAAAUACCUACAUGACAACAUGAGCUGGAGGAUUACAACGGUACGUUGA